UCUCUUUCUCUUUCUCUUCCAAUUUUCUUGCAUCUUGUCUGUCGAGACGGUCUGCUCGGUCCAUUUUGCUUUUACAACGUUGCGGGCACCUUGGGACGGGGCCUCGCCCACACACGCGAUAUUGAGUCAGUCCUCUAAGAUAAUAUUUCGGCCCCACAGAUAGGGUCCGCCAAGGUUUCUCUCGGGCGAACACCGGAGGGUCUCUGUGCCCAGUUUACACUCAGGCUCUCGUUCAUCAUAUCAUCAACACCAUCAUAGAGGUCUAAACCGAGACGGCGAUGCUCUCCCUUCGUUGCUCUGCCGCUGUGGCAGCUCGCGGCGUGCGGGCUGCCGGUCAGCGUAGCUCAUUGCUGCGUGCCUCUGCUCGUGUGCCUCGGGCCUGUGCUGUUGCACCCCAGCUCAGCUCUCGUCGUCACUAUUCCUCGCCCGCAGACACCCAAUCCUUGUCUACUCGCUCCACCGUGAUUCAACUCUUGAGUAACAUUGGCUCCAAGCGGGAAGUGCAGCAGUAUCUUUCACACUUCAGCUCCGUCUCCUCGCAGCAAUUCGCCGUUAUCAAGGUGGGCGGUGCCAUUAUUACCGAUCACUUGCACACGCUCUCCUCUGCUCUCGCCUUCCUGAACCAUAUCGGCCUCUACCCUGUCGUUGUCCACGGUGCUGGUCCUCAAUUGAACAAGCUCCUGGAGGAGGCCGGUGUCGAGCCACACUUUGAGGAGGGUAUUCGUGUUACCGAUGGAAAGACGCUUGGUGUCGCUCGUCAGCUGUUCCUCCAAGAGAACUUGAAGUUGGUUGAGGCGCUCGAGCGCAUGGGCGUCCGCGCCCGGCCCAUCACUUCGGGUGUCUUCUCCGCCGACUACCUCGACAAGGAAAAGUACCAGCUCGUUGGCAAGAUCAACAGCGUCGACAAGAACCCCAUUGAGGCCGCCAUCCAAGCCGGCUGCCUGCCCAUCUUGACGUCCAUGGCCGAGACGCCCGACGGACAGGUCCUCAACGUCAAUGCCGACGUCGCCGCCGGUGAGCUCGCCCGUUCCCUGCAGCCGCUCAAGAUUGUCUACCUCUCCGAAAAGGGCGGUCUCUUCAACGGCGACACGAACGAGAAAAUUUCGGCCAUCAACCUGGACGAGGAGUACGACCACUUGAUGUCUCUGUGGUGGGUCCGUUACGGCACCCGUCUCAAGAUUAAGGAGAUGAAGGAACUCCUUACCGAUCUCCCCAAGACGUCGAGCGUGGCCAUUAUUCAUCCUGCCGAUCUUCAAAAGGAGCUGUUCACCGAUACGGGUGCUGGCACCCUGAUUCGCCGUGGUAACAAGCUCAACGUCAAGUCGGCCAUUUCCGACUUUGAGGACGUAGAGGUUUUGAAGGACGUCUUGGUCCGUGACCGCGAGGGUCUUGAUGCCCAGGCCACUGUUGACCGCUACGUCAAGGGCCUCGAGAAGCGGGACUUCAAGGCCUACUUUGAUGAGCCCAUGGAUGCACUCGCCAUUGUGCUGCCGCCGAACCCGGGCGCCACUCUUGCCCACCUCGCCACGUUCACCAUUACCAAGUCCGGAUGGCUCACCAAUGUGGCCGACAAUGUCUUCUCGAACCUCAAGCAGGACUUUCCCAAGCUUGCCUGGACCGUCAAGGCUGAUGACGAGAACCUGACCUGGUUCUUUGACAAGGCUGACGGCAGCCUCUCUCGGGAGGGCGAGGUGCUCUUCUGGUACGGCGUCGACAGCGCCGACGAGGUCAAGGAGUUGAUGACCGAGUUCGGCAAGCAUGGCCGUCAAAUGUUUGGUGACUACAACCUUGAGUCCCAGCUCUUCCAGGCCAACCGCGCUGCCGCCGCCGCCAAUGCGGCCCAAUCAGCCGGGAGUGUGCAGCAGAAGCGUUCCUACUCUACCGCCAGCUAUCCCACUUCUUACUCUUUCUCUGCUCGCCUUGGCAACGCUGGCCGACCCUUUGCCAACAACGCCCGCCCUGUCUUCUCUGCUUCUUCUGCUUCUUCUGCCCGCCGCGGCUACGCCACUACGAACCCCAACCCUCCGUUGGGCGCCAAGAAUGCCUCCAACACUCGCCCUGCCAAGGUCGCGCUGAUCGGCGCUCGUGGUUACACUGGCCAGGCAUUGAUCAACUUGCUCAAUGCCCACCCUCACAUUGAUCUCCGCCACGUGUCAUCCCGCGAGCUUGCCGGCAAGAAGCUCCAGGGCUACGACAAGCGGGAGAUUAUCUACGAGAACCUUUCAGCCGAGGAUGUGCGCAAGAUGGAAGAGAAGGGCGAAGUUGACUGCUGGGUGAUGGCGCUACCCAACGGUGUGUGCAAGCCGUUUGUCGACGCCGUGGACCAGGGCUCGAAGAAGAGCGUUAUUGUCGACCUCAGCGCCGACUACCGCUUCGACGACAAGUGGACCUAUGGUCUUCCUGAACUCAUCACUCGCUCCGAGAUUGCUCGUGCCACGCGCAUUGCCAACCCCGGCUGCUACGCCACCGCUGCUCAGGUUGCCAUUUCUCCUCUGGUGUCUCACCUCGGCGGCCAGCCCAGCGUCUUUGGUGUGUCUGGAUACUCUGGCGCCGGCACUAAGCCCAGCCCCAAGAACGAUGUCAACUACCUUACCAACAACCUUAUCCCCUACAGCUUGACUGACCACAUUCACGAGCGAGAAAUUUCCAGCCAGCUCGGUGUGGACGUUGCCUUUAUGCCCCACGUCGCCGUUUGGUUCCAGGGUAUCACCCACACUAUUAGCAUCCCUCUCAAGCAGGAGAUGAGCUCGCGUGACAUUCGCAACCUCUACCAGGAGCGGUACGCCGGCGAGAAGCUCAUCAAGGUCGUUGGCGAGCCCCCGCUGGUCAAGAACAUUUCCGGCAAGCACGGCGUCCAGGUUGGCGGUUUCGCCGUCCACUCUAGCGGCAAGCGUGUUGUCGUCUGUGCCACUAUUGACAAUCUCCUCAAGGGCGCCGCCACCCAAUGCUUACGUAUGCCCCUCCAUUUAUCUCUUUAAUCUGUUCCUUGCCUGGAGAUGCUAACAAGUGAUUGCAACACAGAAAACAUGAACCUUGCCCUCGGCUACGACGAAUACGCCGGUAUUCCCUUGGACUAAACCCACCUAAAAAAUUAAAAAAAAAAAAAGUUAUAAUAAUGUAUCAAUGAGGAGCGGAGUAGACUUUUUUCCCCCACUAUAACCUCUUUUUCUCCCUUUUUCCAUUUUUAUCUCCUUUAUCCUCUUUACUCAUCUGCUUCCCUUUUCUUUCCAUUUUCCCUCUAUGGUUUAAAUACAAAUACACCAAGUAGAAAGA